AUGACAAAAUACGACAAGCAAGGUGUUCCUAACUUAAGUUUUCAUAAUCCAAUGGGAAUAACACUCUACCCGAAGGGUUUGUACACGUACGCAAUGGGAAACACUCCAGCCCGAGAUAUCACUGAAGUGUUGGGCACAUCGAACGACAAACAGGUAGACGUAUUGCUUCUAGCAUGCGGUGAUGUUAGAAAUUUUUUAUGCAGUUUGUCUGAACUAUCCCUAAGAAAACCGCACGAGCGUCCGAAGAGUUUAAGUUUCCAUUUGAAUGAUUAUGAUCCGUCAGUGAUUGCUCGCAAUGCUGUCCUCAUAGAAGUUGCUAGUGCGAUAAAUCCUGAUGUCCCUGCUGAUGUAGACUUCUUGUGGAACAUUUGGUAUAACCUGGCGCUGUCAGUGGCCGACUUUGAUCGACUGCGAAAAGUACUCACUGAACUGUUGGAGAGGGAUUUUGACAGCGACGAAAGUAUCUUAAAGUUUCAAGAUAAUAGCGUUCUGCAGGAAUGUCGGGAUAUAUGGAAAGACUGGAGACAUCUCGACCUCGAAGUGAAAAGUGUUAAAGAGGAAAGAAACAACCUGAUAGAGGACAUGCUCGCUCAGUGCCGGUCUAUACUAACUCAUAUGGUAAUGGAGAUCUAUAAAGAGAAACUAGACAAUUUUGUGGAGCCUGCCGCAACAAAUCCACUCUACACGGAAAUACAACACUGGUAUAGAGAAGGUUCCACGAAUGAUGAGUCGGAGAAAACAAAUCCAACUUUGAUUCGUCCAUUUGUUCACAAGUGGAGACAGCAUUAUGGUUCGUGUGCGUUUGUGGGUUAUCCACCAUUGGAAAGGAAAGACCUCGAACAAGGUAAAUCAUGUGCAGAUGUUUGCAAGGAAAAGCUGGCAGUGUGGGUAAAAAGAUAUCAGGAGCAAAAUAAGAAUCACAAAGCAACUUUGAAGGUUACCCUGUGGACCGGCGAUGCCCUCGCUUUGUGUACGAUUGGCUUUCCUCCAGAGGUGUUAUUCGACGUUAUCGAUACAAGUAAUCUCAGCGAUCAUACUGGUUUGCUGAAUGUCCUUGUCUGCUGUGGCCCAAGGUUAAAAGUGCCAACUGCUUCUCUGUUGUUCACAUCAAGCAUGUUAUGGUGCGGCGAAUGUGACAGUAUAGAGGAGUAUUACAACAAAUGUGUUGGUGUUCCUUUCCAACUUCUCCCCACUGUUCUGGGCUUGAAACUAGCUGUUGACAUUGAAUUGGGAAGCAAAAAACUUCCGGACCACUUGGAAUCUACAGAAGAGACUCUUUGCUGGGUCAAGGCGGACCUUAAAAGGACUUUACUGACAAUAGCUAAAACCACUGAUGUUGUCCAGGCGUUACUGAGUCUCACAGAGCGUUGCUUCAACCUAACGAAAGAGGUGAUUCAUUACAUCGGCGUCACUUCACCUUCGCCUUUGACCAUGCUUCGAAUUAUUCAUCAGGCACAACAACUCUUCAAGGAAGGAGCCGCCGAGAUAUUUGACAUUCUUGAAGAUGAGCUACCAGGUGACUUUAAGAGGAGGUACGGACUAUCUUGGAAUUUGUUAAAGGCAUCGUUGGGGAGAACACCAGAGCCCAUUGUUGAAAUAAAAGUUAACAUCAAGAUUGCAGUCGUGCCUUGGUAUAAGGGAACACCAAAGCCGAUGAUUUACAUUAGGAGGGAUAGCAGCAGUGAUCAGGAAGCUCCCUUACAAUUUCUAUUCACAUGGUCCCUCGCCUCGCAGCCUUCAGAAAUUCCCAACAGCUUACGAUAUGAUGAUAAAACCCAAGUGGUGACCUUCCAUCUACGCGAAGAAGACUGGAAUGAGCUUCACUGUUCAUCCAAGAUAUGGAUAUCAUCCAGAGAAUUAACAAAGGUCAUAACUUGUGAACCAGUGAGUCUAGCAGACGAGACUGUGAAGAGUGUUCAACGGGUUGAUCCUGUGGAAACAUUUGGUUUGUUUGCAAGACAGACAUUCACCGUAAUGGAAUCCAAUGAAAAAUGCCAAGUACUCAAGGUAAUAAAAGUGGAAGAGAGCAUACAUUCUUAUUCGGCUGAACUUGAGAUACUAGACUUCGCCAUCUGCAAGGCGAAGGCAAUGAAGGUCAGCCAACCAGAUGAGUCUCCAACCGUAGUCCAAAUAGACUUCGAGGGGGCUACAGGUGACCCACUCAGCAUGUAUUUUUCAUGCUUUGUCGACAUCAACUCAUCCAAGUUCCAAAUUUCAGGCAAAGUCGGGAAAGUAUUUUGCAACAUUUCUAAGCGAAGCGAUGGAACAGUGGGAGAACUUGUAAUACGAAACUUAGCUCCAUUGCCUCUCCAUGCUAUGCAAGGGUGGAAUAGUCAACUUACUGAUAUAGGCUGUUCUACAAUGCUUGGCAAAAUGUUUCGCCCUAGGCUUGAUCUGGAAGUGAAAUUACGAAGAGAUGGUGGUCCGCCGUUUUUUGACCUCAGGGAAUCCAUUGCAGACAUUAUACAUCAUCAUGUGAAGGAGCCUGAGAUUGCCAAAGUACAUUAUGUUGACGAACGAGGAAUCAUCGAAGAACCAUAUGACUCAGCGGAGGACAUGCUUAAGAAGAAAGGUUUCGUUAUCAAAGUGGAAAAACUGUUCAAGUGGAAGAAUUUACCUUUGGCUAAGGUUUUUUUCUGUGAUUGUCAGCGGUUUGCGGACCUGAUUCGCAAGAAUCCGGGAAAUACUCAACUAUUGGCAGAAUACUUCAACCGAAUUUUCCUUCACAAAGUCAACAGACUGGUAGCUGGCCAAGAGGAGAAGGUCUUAUUCCGUAAAAUGAUGUACACAAAUGCAGCCCGAGUUCCUCAAGAUGGUGGCUAUGCUGUGUGGAAGAAUUCUUACAUAUCCCCGUUGUUUCCACGAGAAAGCAUCAAAAGUAUGGCUGGUAAGUUACCUAGUGAGAGAAUCCGACUCUCUCCUCUACUUAGUUCUGCUGAACCUGGCCAUAUGGAUGAAUCCUCUUCGUUAGAAGGCAGAUCCGUUUCUUCCGAACAUUCUGCAGGCUUCCUCGACCCAUUUCAUUAUAAUGGAUCAAGAUAUUCAAAGAGCGGGACUUUAAAAAGGUACCUUGGAUGUAAAAAUGUGCUCUAUUGUGGUAAAACUUGCCAGAGAGAGCACUGGAAGAAACACAAAACUGAAUGCAGAGGUAACAGGAAACUUUGAGGAAGUGUGCCAGUCUUCUCCGUGCAGUCCAUGAAGACGAUCAGAAACAAUUACACAGCUAAAGAGUUAUUUUACUGCCAUCACUUGAAACGGAAACAUUUAUUGCAGGAAUGAACAUCCCUUUCAUAAGU